UUUCUGCAGAUUGUGUAUGAAAAAUAUAAAGAUUGACCACGGUGGAAAAAAUGAUCUUAUGAAGCAUGUUUCAUCAGCAGCUCAUCAAAGCAGCAAAAAAUCACAGAACGUCACAAUGCCAAUACAAAAUUUCUUGACAACUUCAAGUGAUGAAGGAGUGGUGAAAGCAGAGUUUUUAUUUUCAAAUUUCAUUGCGGAGCACAACAUCCCAUUUGCUGUUGCAGAUCAUUUCACCAAACUCUGCAAGUCCAUGUUUCCUGACAGCCAGAUUGCUAGAAAAUUUGCCUGUGGCCGCACAAAGACUACCAUGAUUGUCAAGAACGCCCUUGCCCCUCAGCUUCACAAGGAAGUAGUUCAAAAUUGCAGGACAAAGCCAUUUUCCUUAGCCUGUGAUGAAAGCAACGAUAGAAACUCAGAGAAAACCCUUGCUAUACUUGUCAGAUACUUUGACAAUCAGGCAGUAACUCGAUUUUUGGACAUGCCAAUUUGCAAUGUGGGAACUUCACAGAAUAUAUUUGACCACCUUGAACAAGUUUUUAUAAACAACAACAUUCCUUGGGAAAACUUGAUUGCUUUCUCCUCUGACAACUGUAAUGUCAUGAUGGGCAAGAAGAAUUCAGUGAUGACAAAGAUCAAGGAAAUGCAGCCACAUGUUUUUGACAUUGGCUGCAUUUGUCAUUUGGCCAAUCUCUGCACAAUGGCUGGUGUCAAAAGUCUGUCCCUUCCUGUAGAUGACCUCCUUGUUGACGUCUAUUAUCAUUUUCACCAUAGUGCAUUACGUAAGGAAACAUACAAGGAAUACUUGGACUUCUGUGAUGUUGACCCUUCAAAACUUCUGAAGCACUGCUCAACCAGGUGGCUAAGUCUUGAGAAGUGUGUCAAAAGGUUGCUGCACCACUGGCCUGCUCUGACAAGCUACUUCAACUCACACAGUGAUGUAGAGAAGCCUGGAAGAGUUAAGAGAGUGGCAGAGCUCCUCAGAAGCCAUGAGAUGAGGAUGACAUUCCACUUCUUAGGUUAUGUGUUGGAGCCAUUGAAUGAGUUCAACACUACAUUUCAGGCUGAUGAAUCAAGGAUUGGAUAUCUUGGAGAAGAAAUCCACAAACUUCUAAGAAAAUUCCUUGGCCGUUUUAUAAAGGCAGGAAUAAUCAAGAAUUCCAAGGACCUCAUCAGUGUGGACUUCCAAAACCCAGAAAACCAGCUCCAAGAUAACAUACUUGCAGUUGGAAUUCUUACCAGGUCCUACAUUGCAGAGAAUGAUGAGGAUAUUCCACCAGUAGACUUGGCAAAUUUUUUCCAGAAUGUAAGGGGGUUCUACUGUGCCAUCACAAAGAAAAUGUUAAAGCACUUUCCAUUCAAGGACCCAGUUGUCAACAAUUUAGGAUUCUUGAAUCCUCACAGAAGGGAAGAGACCACCUUACAGUCUAUAGUGGAGAUUGCCAGAAGAUUCCCUGUCAUAGUUCAGGAAAAGGACUUCCCAAAGUUGGAAGAGGAGUAUCUGGAUUUCAGUGUUUCUCCUGACUGUGACCUUCCAAACUUUGAGAAAGGGCAGACAAGAAUAGACUCAUUUUGGGGAGAGAUGGGGAAAAUCACCAACAAAGUCUCUGGAACACCAAGAUUCCCAAUUCUUAGUAAAAUUGCUCAGUCUAUGUGCUGUAUCCCAAACAGCAAUGCAGAUUGUGAGAGGGUGUUCUCCCUUGUGAGAAAAAUACAGACAGAACAAAGAUCUUCCAUGGACAAUCAGACACUAUGUAGUCUUCUAUGUGCUAAAAUAAACUGUAAAGAGGAAUGCCAUCAAGUGAAACCUUCUAAGGACACUCUAAAACUGACUAAAUCAGCAGCUUACAAUUACAAUAAAGAACAUUAAAGUGUAUCAUUUGUUAUUUCU